UGAUGGCUAAUCCCUAUUGUCCAGUCAUGCAUCAUUAAGCUAGAUGGGUGAUAUGAAUGAAGGGGACUGGGUCUGGCCCCUCUCUCCCUCCCUCGUUCUGCCUCUCUCUUUCUGUCCCUGUCCCUCUGUGGAGGAAGUGACCUGCUUGUCUGGACAGGAAUCAGGUCACAGCCUCACAGUGGGAGAACCCUACCACCUCUCUCUCCCACAUGCAUGUUCACACACACACGCUGGGGCGCUCACACACACUAAAUAAUAGGUUUAUUACAUUCCCUUAGAUGUAAUCAGCACACAACAGACACGGAUGUCAGAAAUAGUACCAAGUAAUCCUCAUAAAAAGGUCAUGAAAUCAGGCAUUCCUGAUUCGUCUGUAAAAAUCACUCGUUAGUUAGAGGGAUGGGAGAUGGGAUGGAGAGGAGGCUCGGGGUCAGAUCGGGAGAUAAGGGGAAGUGGAGGGGAUCCUUUGAAGAGGGAGUUCAGACUGGAGGGCUUCUUGGGGACAGGAGUGCAGAAAGAGAGCAAGAGAAAGGGUUCAUUUGCCUUUGAAUAGAGAGAGAAAGGAAGGGAAAGGGGAUACCUAGUCAGUUGCACAACUGAAUCAUUCAACCGAAGAGAGGGGAGAGGAGGUGUUCGUGACAUGAGGGGACUCUUUUCCUCAUCUCAAGCUGUGGGGGCGGAAUGGCAAGUCAGGCUAAGUCAGGACAACACACACACCAAGAGAGCAUAACUUCCUGAACACACACACGCAUACAGGUAACUGCCAAAAUAAUGGAAACACUUGAGUAAAUGAGGGAUACAAAGUAUAUUGAAAGCAGGUGUUUCCUGAGUUAACUAAUCAAUUAACAUCUGAGCAGACAUCUGAGCAGACCAAAUGCUGGACAGGCCAUUAUUUUGGCUACGCCCCCAUAGGAUGACAAUGUCCCCAUCCACAGGGCACAAGUGGUCACUGAAUGGUUAGAUGAGCAUGAAAACGAUGUAAACCAUAUACCAUGGCCUUCUCAGUCACCAGAUCUCAAACUAAUUGAACACUUGUGGGAGAUUCUGGAGCGGCGCCUGAGACAGCGUUUUCCACCAUCAACAAAACACCAAAUGAUGGGAUUUCUGGUGGAAGAACAGUAUCACAUAUAUCCAGUAGAGUUCCAGACACUUAGAGUCUAUGUCAAGGUGCAUUCUAGCUGUUCUGGCUGGUGGUGCACCCUAUUAAGCACCCUAUUAAGACACUUUAUGUUGAUGUUUCCUUUAUUUUGGCAGUUAUCUGUACAUUCACACACAAUCCUUGAUAUCCUUAACUCAGUCAUUACUACAGAACACUCACUCAUUCACUCCAAACACAUUGGAGCAAAUUAAAGUGAGUGGGUUUCAUAUCUAAUCCCAUCUCAAGCACUGUCCCACUCCCUUGUACCCUACGCCCUCCCCCCAUCGCUAACCCCCUGCUAGCCCACUCCCAUCCCUUCCCCCACUACUCUCCUAUUCAAAUGCAGAGACAAGCCUACAGAGGUGACGUGUCACCGCCUGCCCAGUAUAAAUACACCAAUCCCCUCCCUGUCAUACAGACCAUCACCACAAACACCCAGACACUCUCUCCUGUGUGGAUUUCCUUUCCUCCUCCCGGGAUGAUGCCCGUUCCUGCACCUCAUCCUUGCACCACCUCUAAGAGGACCUCUCCUCGUGCUCCUGCUCUCCUCGUGCUCGUGCUCCUCCUGCUUCCAGCUGGGCCUGGCUGGAGUGUCAGGCUGGAGGCUGGAGCUGGGAGUGGACCAGAGGCUGGUACAGUUACCAGGACCAGGGUUGGAGCUGGCUCUAGAGUUAGGGCUGGGUUGGAGACUGCGGAUGAGGCCGUGGCUGAAGUUAGAGCUGGUGCUACCAUCCUGUCCAUCAGCAGUGAAGGGCAGUGGGAGCCCCGGAGCUCCUCCCGCUGUGUGCCCAUCCCGGCGGGCAUGGCCCUCUGCCAGAACAUCGGCUACGCCACCAUGAGGAUGCCCAACCUGCUGGGGCACGAGUCGCCAGGCGAGGCCGUCCAGCAGAGUGCCAGCUGGCUGCCCCUGCUCGCCCGGGAGUGCCACCCCGAUGCCCGCAUCUUCCUCUGCUCGCUGUUCACACCCAUCUGUCUGGACAGGUUCGUCUCUCCGUGUCAGAGUCUGUGUGAGUCAGUGCGGGACAGCUGCGCGCCCAUCAUGGGUUGCUAUGGUUACCCCUGGCCAGAUAUCCUUCGUUGUGACCAGUUUCCUGCCAACCACCUCAUGUGUAUCUCCUCUGUCACCAACACCAGCACAGGAGGGCGUAGAGCAGUGCCCCAGGCUAGCUGUCGAGACUGUGAACUGGAGGAGGCCUCGUCUGCCAAGGACGUGCUGGAAACUUUCUGUAGGAGUGACUUUGUGGUGAAAUUGCGUCUCACGCAGCUAAAAUCCAGUCAGGUGAGUUUGGCCCAGUUCUCCCUGGCCUCUCGUCUGCAGGUUCUGAAGCACGGGCCUCUCCUGGGAGGACAGAUCCGCUCCCGCCUGCAGCUGUGGCUGGAGAGAGACGCCAGCUGUGUACGGAACAUGACGCGGCGUCAGCCCCAAGGCGGGACCUUCCUGGUGACGGGAACGGUGCAGGGGGAAUGGCUAGUGGUCAACAAGGCCUUUGCCUGGAACAAACACGCCAGGAACCUGAUGGCUGCAGCCCGCAAGUGGAAACAGCACCGAUGUAGAGGCUAGCAGGGGCUCUGGCUAGGAGCUAAACUUGAGGUCUGAAAUGGAUCUGAGCAGAGAUAUAGGCCUAGGUGUACAGAGUCAGGGAUGUGAUUAAAACACCAUAUGACAUCAGCAGAGAGAGAGGAGGUUGUUUGGGGGAGGGUACAUCUCUAUGAUAGACUUCCUGGAUUUGAAUCACAUCCUUGGAUAGCUGGAUGUUUCAGAGAGCACCAUCCUGAGCUCAGGAGAGGACGCCGCAAAGGACCUUCUGUGUUUCCUGCAAAUGUACAUAUCUAUAAAUUAUAAGUAAAUAUCACUGAUCUAUAUUUGUAAGUGGUUGACUGGAAUGAAAUGAGUGUUUUCAAAGUG